UGUUCCUGCACUUAUUGGCGUUGUGCUAUGCAGGGCUUGUGUCUCUGCCUGGAUUUCCAGUUUGACACUGUCGUGAGGGAUCGGCCCGUCAUCCUCAGCAAACUACUUUUGCUUCAUUUCCUGAAGAAAGACGUACCUGCUCUCAGCUGGGAGUUUUUCGUCAACCGCUUUGAAACAUUAUCACUGGAGGCUCAGUUGCACCUGGACUGUAAUAAGGAGUUCCCUUUUCCUACAACCAUCACUGCCGUGCGAACCAAUGUGGCGAACCUCAGCGAUGCAGCAAUGUGGAAAAUACGACGGGCGCGCUUUGCCAGGAACCAGCAGAAGAGCGUACGCUCACUGCGUGACAGCGUGAAGGGCGGCCCGCCAGAGUCCAAGCGGGCAUUCUCACUCCCCGAAUCACUGAGCAACCGACAAUCUCUCAGGCUUACCAGGCAAGAGCACUCUGCCCCAACACUUGGUGAUAUGAUCGAGAAAGUCCUGCCAGGUAAGUAAAACCUCCAAAUGUGAAACUACUUUACUCCUCCACUUAAUAUGUACAAUACAUUAAAUAAAA